ACAUUUUACAGCAAACGUAAAAUGACGUGCCGCGGUUUACGAUGGUGAUCGUUGUGUAGCGAAAAAUGUUCAACAAGAAGCCACGGAGGAACUUUCGACAGAGAAAACAGAGCUCUAGUGAGGAUGAAGACCAACAGAAGAACGGCGGAGAAGGAGAUGAACCCGAGGGCGCUCCGUCGGUCAUAAACAAGCCACCCAAAGCGGCACAGAACCGCGGCAUCUCCUGCAGCUCCAAGCGGGAAGCGACGCCCCCGAGGGCGGACAGCAGUGAUGGAGAAGCCGGGGCCGAGACGCUGGAAGUGACGGAGGACAGAGUAGAGGGGGACAAAGAUGGGACAAAGAAGACUAAAAGCUCCGUCCUUAGUUUCACAGAUGAUAAAGAAGCAGAAGAAUCAACUUUUAAACUGAAGAGGUCCUCUGAUAAAGCUGUCGUCUUUCAAGUCAGGAAGAAGGAGGCUGUACCCACCAAGACCAACCCCAGCAAAGCCUCUGGUGGUGGAGAUGCCCCAUCAUCUGUUUCUCCCAGGCAUGAUGAUAGCAGUGAGGCUUCACCAUAUUCGCAGCAUAGUGAUGACGAUACAAAUGAUGAUGAUGACAUCAACAGUAACAAUGAUGACGAUAACAGUGAUGGAAGUAAUGCUGAAUAUCCUGCAAGUAGCUCCAACUCUGACUCCGGCUGCUCCGCUACCAAACCAAUCAUUAUCCCUAAAGCUAAGGAGAUAGACGCGGCCAGGAGGCGGCGGCGUGCCGCUCGGGCCCAGAAGGAGUUCAUAUCGUUGGGUAGAGAUGGUCGGAGCUCUGCUGGCAGCACCCCUGAUUACUAUAGCAAAGACGAUGAAGAGGACAGAGUUGAAAUUGAUGACGACGAUGAGCCAGAUGACCAUGAGAGAAGAAUUGAGUUUGCUCCCCGAAUGAAGAGCAUCAGGGAGAGGAUUGCAGAGAAACUAGGAGGAAGUGAUGGCAGCCUGUCGGGCACUGACGAAGAGGAGCAGGAACUUUGGGAACAGACACAAAUUGAAAAAGGAGUCAAGAGACGACCAGGGGAACAGAGUCCAUCUGGCAGUGAGUCCAGCAGCUACAGCAGCAGCAGGCCAGAGAGAGGAAGACAUAAAAAGAGACAAACUGGGCCUAAGAUCCCAAAGACCCUUCCUCCUAUUUCUGUCUCACUGGUGAAGAAAAGGAUCACUGCAAAACUGGACUCCCUGAAGGAGGUAUACAGAGCACGACAGGCAGAGCUGAGGAGGAUGGAGGGUGACGCUGAGAACGCUAAAAGCUCGUUGGAGCUGCUGGAGGAAAGCUCCUCUGAGGGUCAGCUCAGCUUUUACAGGAUUAUGAUCCUCUACGUCCACAACCUGGUCGAAUGUCUGCAGGAGAAGGUUGUUGAAAUCAACGGCUUGGAGCUGGAAAUGCACACUCUGUUGUCUGACCAGAUGGAGGCGCUGUUGGCUCAGAGGCGAAGGAGGAUUAAAGAGGAGGCUGACCACCUGCAGCAGCUCAGCUAUAACACAGAGGAGCAGACUGGGAGCUCAGCACAGGGAGCUGAUACUCGGUGCAGUGAGAUGGACUCUGCCAUUAAUCCAGAGAAAUACUUUAAUUUACCUGAAGAUUCAGAGCCUUCUGCAGAAGAAGAGGAGCAGCUGCAGAAAGGAAUAGCUGAUAUCCAGUCGAGGUCUCAGGCAGUGUUUGCUGACGUCCAGGACGACUUCUACGACAUUAAGAAGAUUCUGUCUCGAUUUGAAGAAUGGAGGAGGUCCUACUCUGAGUCCUACCACAACGCCUACAUCUCUCUUUGUCUGCCCAAGUUGCUGAACCCCAUCAUCAGGCAUCAGCUGCUGAUGUGGAACCCAUUAAAAGAUGUUGGUGGGGAAUUUGAAAACCUCCCAUGGUUCACAGCGGUGGAGACAUUUUGUCACGGCCACGGCCAUGAGGAGCUGGAGGACACGGAUAGAGAGACACUCUCUAAUGUCAUAGAAAAGACUCUUCUACCCAAAAUGACCAGCUAUGUGGAGCUGGUGUGGGAUCCUUUGUCCCACCAACAAUCCGCCUGCCUCUCUUCUGUGUGUCACAGGCUGAAGGAGGAUUACUCCAUACUUGAAGGGGAGCAGAGUAAACCUGUUAAGGGAUUCAUAGAAGCAGUGGUUCGCAGGCUCAGGAGCUGCGUAGAUGAAGAUGUCUUCAUCCCCUUAUACCCCAAAAAGCUUUUGGAGGACAAAACGUCUCCUCAACGCCGCUUCAGGGAUAAACAGUUCUGGACGGCUGUUAAACUGCUAGGGAAUAUGGGAAAGUGGGAUCUGCUGCUUCCUGAGCCCGUUCUGAAAGAAUUGAUGUUGGACAAGCUGCUGAAUCGAUACCUUAUGAUCACCCUGUCUAGUCAGACGAUGUCCAGCAGUGACGUUUUGGCACACAGAAAGAUUGCAGGCUUUCUACCUGCCUCGUGGUUUGAAGGUGAGAGCAUCUGUUUGCCUCAGCUGCAGAACUUCAGGAACAACAUUGUUCAGAAGGUUCACAGCCUCUGCAAACAGCAGCCUCCUGAAGAUCCAAGCACCAGGUCUGCUGUGGUUGAAGAACUGAAGGUUCUCAGUAGAAUGAGAUGCUACGACUCCAUUAUGGCUCUAACAGAGAAAUACCACUAUGAAGAUGCUGUCUACUCUCAUCAGCUUCUGAACCAGGAAACAGAAUGACUUAAAACGGGAUGAAAUAAAGAAUCAAGUUAAACUAAGAAUCAGUCAAGUUGUAGAGGUAAAACAUGCAGCGGUGCAACCAAUUCUCAGAUUUUUAAUCAAUGUUUUUUUCUACAAAUUGUUAUAUUUUUAUGAAUAAAUGUUGGAACUUUG